UGAUUUAGGAAAGUGAACGGUGUUCGAAUAUACCGGUCUUACAACCAUGUUCGUUUUUAGUUUGGAGUUAUGUUUACGGUGCUGAUGAUGGCGCUUGAAGUACAUGUUCGCAUUUAGUACGGGACUGCGUUAUCUACUGAGAGAUACCGUGCCAAGACUGUCAAGCCGCAUUGAAGCAGCUGGCAGUGCUGACAGUGCUGACAGUGCUGGCACACUUCUCAUCCAUUCCAACUGAUUUUAACAUAACCCCGCAGUGCAGUCGGGCUUGUUCAUUCUCUUCGAAUCGCCGCAUGUGCAAUACGCAGUCGCCCAACCCGCGUUUAUAUUGCCCGAACGAAGCGCGUGUUUAAAGGGGAUCCCUCGAUGUGAAUGGUGCUUAAAGUUUGUCGGACGUUAAAACAUUUCUCGCUAGUUGUGACGACUUGUUAAUCGUUGCGGUGUAAUCAUGGCGGCGACCUCGUCACGGGUAGACGAACUCGUGCAGUCUGUCAGCCUGCACAAUCCACGGAAAUGGAUGUUCAACGGUUACAUCCUGCCCUUCGUGAUGCUGCAGUCCCUGUGGAUCUACUGUUGGAUCUUUGUGUACGGCGUCGACGAGUACUAUGACGCGGGCCUGGUGGGCAUCGCGGCAAUCGGCGUGAUGCAGAUUUUUCUAUGCCUAUGCUGUCAAUGGUCGGUGCACAUCCACACGUUUUUGAACUGCAGCUCGGAAAAAGAUCCGUACAAAGCCAGGAUAGUUAAAGUAGUUCCCACUUCAAAUAACGGGAGCUCGGAGCUGAUUUCAUUACGCCAUACGGAUCAACAAGAGCCUUGGUUUAUUUUUCAAAAGACAAAAUAUUACUGGGACUCGGACAAAAAGUCAUUCAGAGGGUUGCAGUUCCCGAUCAAUCAUUCCGUGAAACAUUAUUGUGAAUGGAAAGGGUAUCUCGAUCAAAAAGAAAUUGAGGCAGCGGAAGGAAAAUAUGGGAAAAACAAAUUGGACAUGGUUGUACCCGAAUUCUGGGAACUCUUUAAAGAGCGCGCAAUUGCUCCGUUCUUCGUCUUUCAAGUAUUCUGCGUGGCACUAUGGUGCUUAGAUAAAUAUUGGUAUUAUAGUAUCUUUACACUGAUUAUGCUUAUCAUGUUCGAAUGUACAUUGGUGCAACAGCAACUAAGAAAUAUGGCCGAGAUUCGUAAAAUGGGCAAUAAGCCAUACAUGAUAAUGGUAUACAGAAAUAGGCGAUGGCGCCAGUUGUUUACAGACCAACUAGUUCCUGGAGAUAUUGUCUCUAUUACAAGGCCUCAACAUGAUAAUUUAGUGCCAUGCGAUAUGUUGCUUUUGCGAGGCCCGUGCGUGGUUGACGAAAGCACAUUGACAGGUGAAUCUGUACCUCAAAUGAAAGAGCCUGUAGAAGAUAUCGACGGAAGUAGAGUUAUAGAUAUCGAAGGAAGUGAUAAACUUCACGUGCUUUUCGGUGGCACAAAAGUUGUACAGCAUACAUCCCCUAGCAAAAAUACUCCCGGUCUUCGAGCGACCGAUAAUGGAUGCAUUGCCUACGUAUUGCGUACCGGCUUUUCCACGUCACAAGGCAAACUUUUGAGAACGAUAUUGUUCGGCGUUAAACGCGUUACGGCCAACAAUUUAGAAACUUUCGGUUUCAUUCUGUUCCUGCUUAUUUUUGCAAUUGCUGCCGCCGCAUAUGUCUGGAUCAAAGGCAGCGAAGAUCCUACGAGGAACAAGUACAAACUAUUUUUGGAAUGCACAUUGAUUUUGACGUCCGUUGUACCACCAGAGUUACCUAUAGAAUUGUCUCUGGCUGUAAAUGCGUCUCUGGUAGCGCUAUCCAAGUUAGGUGUGUUCUGCACGGAACCGUUCAGAAUUCCAUUUGCCGGCAAGGUCGACAUUUGUUGUUUCGACAAGACCGGUACGCUUACCAGCGAUAAUUUGGUUGUCGAAGGUAUCGCGGGUAUCAACGGUAAGCCGGACGUGAUUCAAAUAUCGGAUGCACCUCUGGAGAGCAUUCAAGUGCUCGCCACAUGCCAUUCCCUUGUUCAAUUAGAUGACGGUAUCGUCGGAGAUCCGUUAGAGAAGGCCACUCUUAAAGCUAUCAAUUGGAAUCUCACGAAAGGUGACUCUGUAAUUCCCAAAAAGGGCAAAUCUCCCGCGCUGAAAAUCGUACAAAGGCAUCAUUUUUCAUCGGCUUUGAAAAGAAUGUGCGUUGUGGCUGGAUAUAAUCUUUCUGGAGCUUCAGAGAUACAUUAUGUGGCUACGGUUAAAGGCGCGCCAGAAACCGUAAAGAACAUGUUAUCUUCCGUGCCGGAAAAUUACGAUUCAACUUAUUUGUCUCUUUCACGACGCGGCGCAAGAGUACUCGCUUUAGGCUACCGAAAACUUGCUGGUAGCUUGUCCUCUCAAGAUUUAAGAGAAUUAACUCGUGAAAAGUUAGAGAGCAAUCUCACGUUUGCGGGAUUUGUCAUAAUCAGCUGCCCUCUCAAACCCGACUCGAAAUCCGGCAUUAAAGAGAUCGUCAAUUCGUCACAUUCGGUCGUGAUGAUAACAGGUGAUAAUCCUUUAACGGCCUGUCAUGUAAGCCGCGAGCUACAUUUCACGAAGAAGCCUAGCACACUUAUUCUGACCGAGGAUGAGGAUGGCGAAUGGUUGUGGGAAAGCAUAGACAAAACGACGCGGCUUCCUCUGAGCGUGAAAAAUAACGAAUCGCGCAAAGAGAUCUGGAAGGAUCACACGCUUUGCGUGACGGGUGAAGGUUUAUCGUAUCUGAAGGAAAAACAACGGGGACUCCUUCGGAAGCUCUUGCCACACGUCGUAAUAUUCGCGCGAUGUGCACCGAAACAAAAAGAAUUUAUUAUUGUAUCGCUACAGUCUUUAGGCUAUACGACGUUAAUGUGCGGAGACGGAACGAACGAUGUCGGAGCUUUGAAACACGCACAAGUGGGUGUCGCAAUUUUGUCCAGUCCGCCCGAGAAGAUAAUUACUGAUAAGCGCCUAGAGGAUCCGAGAAAUGAUGCUUUGAUGCCGCCCAUAAACAACGGGCCAAGAAACAAUUCGAGAAUCCGAGAACCGGUGAACACUCGUGCGAAGCUGCAGAAGAUCUUGAAAGAGAUUGACAACGAGGUGCAGGAGCAGUCCGUGAUCGUGAAACUCGGUGACGCUUCCAUCGCGGCCCCCUUCACCAGCAAAAUGUCGUCCAUUCAAUGCAUAUGUCACGUGAUCAAGCAGGGACGCUGCACUCUGGUCACCACUCUACAGAUGUUCAAAAUACUGGCGCUGAACGCACUGAUACUCGCGUACAGCCAGUCGGUGCUCUACCUGGACGGGAUCAAAUUCAGCGACGCGCAGGCGACUUUCCAGGGUGUCGUUCUAGCGGCGUGUUUCCUCUUUAUCUCACGAUCGAAACCGCUGAAAACUCUGUCGCAGCAAAGACCGCUGCCAAAUAUCUUCAAUUUGUACACCAUCGCAACUGUAUUAUUGCAGUUUGCCGUACAUUUCUCCUGCCUUGUUUACUUGGUGAAAGAAGCUACCAUUUUGUCUCCAAAGGACGAUAAAUUGGCAGCCAUCCUGAACACUUCCAAAGAAGUGGGAACAGAUGAUAGCAGCGAGGAAGAACCCUUUGAGGCAAAUUUAAUUAACAGUACUGUGUACAUAAUCACGCUGUUUCUUCAGGUUUCUACUUUUGCUAUAAAUUAUCGAGGCCAUCCAUAUAUGGAAAGUUUGAUACAAAACAAAGCUGUUUUAAUGAGUCUCGUGUGCAAUUAUGUCGUUAUUCUAUUACUGGCUUGUGGAAUCUUGCCGGAUUUGGCGGCGCAUUUCGAGCUUGUAGACUUUCCAGUCCAAUUCCGUACGACGCUGGUUCAAAUACUAGUCAUGGAUUUUACCUUCGCGUUUAUAGUCGACAGAGCUUGCCUGUGGCUCUUUGGCGAAGGAAGACAACACAAACUGUGAUGAAAUUAUCUUUUAUCAAUUACAGACUGUAUCAAAGAUUUUUCUAUGUAACUUUUGUUACUGAUCUUGUUCCACGUUAAGAGCUGACAAUUUUUUAUAUUUAAGAAUCGAUAAUGUACCUGUGAAUACACAUGUAUUAUUUGUCUCCAAGCGCAUUUUACGUCGAUAAGUUUUCCCUUUUCUUUUUUUUUUCGUUUUCUCUAUUCGUUUGUUGUGUAUGGAAAUGUAAUGUGAAAAUAUAAAUAUGUGCAUACAAUCAUCCACUCGCCUAAUUGCUCACUCUAUGCUGUCAACUUUUUCUCCGUGGAACAAGAAACAGCGUUCUGGCGAUCAUUUGUUAAUUGUCGAUGAAAAAUAUUGACAAUGUUCGAUAGUCAUCAUUGUCGAUAAUUGUCUCGAUAAUCAAAUCAGUAUUGCCUGUAUAUAUUUAUUGAUGAUGCAUAUAACAAAAUUUCGUGGACAUUUUUAACAUUUCAUUAACAUAAUAACAAAUAUUGAUCGCUCGAGGAAGGACACGCGUACACGUGUACAUAACUUGUAGAUAAACGAUUCUAAUUUUUUUCACAGUGGAAUACUCGCACUUGGCGCAAGUUCUGAACACAGAUAUAUUACAUAGACAUAUGAGUUUAUAUAUAGAUUUAUAUAAAUUUAUAUAUUGUAGAUAUAUUUUAUAUACAGACGCGCACAGAACACUCACGGGGUUGUAACUCGUUUGUCAUUGAAACAAACGAAACGUGAAAUGUUUACGCGAAUGACUUUCUAAUGCGAUAUCGAAUUACGAUUUUACGUAUGUAGUUUUAUACUUCAAUUACAUUCCACAUUCCAUCACAUUUUACAUGUUGCGAUAUUGUUAGGAUCUCGCACAUUUGUUCGAAUUAAGCAUAUUUAUGCGAAUAUUUACUUCUCAGAUUUCGUUAGCGAUGUGUAAUUUAAUCUCAUAUUUCAUUUUCAUGAUCUGUCAAGAGAUCUGCGGAGAAAUAAAAUGAAAGUGUAAAUUUCGUUUAUUCGCAUCAUAAAUCGAAUUAAGGCAUAGUUGUAUUAUUGUACAUUUAUAAAACUAAUAAAAAAAAUGUUCAUUCAAUAUAA